AUGGACGCGCUAAGGGCACAGCUCUCGUCGCUGCAGUCCCAGCAUGCCGCGCUCUCCACCGCCCACGAGUCGGUCAAGGCCGAUCUCGCCCGCAAGCGCAACCAGAUCUCGGUUGCUGAGGACAAUCUGGUCAACGCCAGCUCCCGGCUUGCCAAGGCUGAGGCACGUGCCGACGGGCUAAAGGCGCAACUCGAUGCCGAGCUGGCACGCAGCAAGGCCGAGGCCCGCUCCCGCGCUGAUGCCGAGUCCCGCCUCCGCUCGCUCUCGUCCGAGCACUCGGCGCUGCAGGAGGCCGCCAACAAGCUCCGCGAGUCCAACGUGCUGCUCUCAACCAAAGCCUCCUCGCUCGAGUCGCAGCUAGAGGUGGAGCGGACUCGAACAGCGUCCAAGCUCCGCGCUGUGGCCAAGGAUCGCCAGGCGCUCAAGGCAGCUCUGCGCGAGGCACGUGAGACCGUCACUGUCCUCAUGGCGCGGUCAUCGGAGCUCGAGUCAAGCUCGGCCGCCAUGCGCGCCGAGCUCAAUGCUACCAUCGACAAGCUCUUGGAGGCCCGCUCCGACUCGGACUCGGACUCGGAGUUUGGUGCCCGCGAGUCGGCCACGUCGCUCGCUGCUCAGCUUGCUGCGCAGCUGGCCGACGCCUCGGCGCAGAUUGCCCACCUACAGCAUGCGGUCGAGGAGGCGCAGGCGCGCGCGAGCGCCACCGACGACGCUGCCCGUAUCGAUCUUGAGCGGCGUGCGGCCGAGCUCGACGCCCAGGCCCGCGACCUCGCUCGCCAGCGUCGCGAGCUUGACGCCGACACGCACUCGGCCGCUGCUGCUGCUCGAUCUGACGCCAGUGCUCGCGAGGCCCAAGCUGCUUCUCGGGAGGCCGAGCUCCGCACUCGCACCAAGGCUCUGCAAGAGCGAGAGGCCCAGCUCGCUGCCAUCACUGAUCGCCUGUCGGGCUCUGUCGGCAUCGCCGACGACUCGCUGGCUGCCUCCAUCUCCUCGCUUAUGCGCUCGCAGUCGUCGAUGGUCAAAACCGAUUUUGCAACCAUCGAGCACUCUCUUGCAACGUUCCAGGCUAAGACCCAGGCGCUGCGCAAGGAGCGAGCAGAACUCGAUUCGCGCCAAAAGGCGCUCUCGGCCGAGACAGCCAAACUCACCCAGCUCGCAGCCGAACUCGAUGCACGCAAGUCCAAGCUCGACGCUCAUGCCGACGAGCUUGUUGCCCGCGCCGACGAUCUGCGCCGCCAAUCGAACGCGCUUGACGACGCCCGUGGCCUUCAGGCCAAACUGGACGACCGAGCCCGCCAGCUGGAUGAGCUCAAAAUCGAGCUCGACCAGCGGGCCGCCGACGAAGCUGCAGCCGCUGCAAACGCUGCAGCUGCCGUCUCCCGUCGGGAAGACGCCGCCGCAAACGCCGAGGCUGAUCUCGCUGCCCGGGAAGCAUCCCUGGCUGCUGCCCGAGACGCGCUCUCCGCGGAGCGGAGCCAGAUCGAGGAGUUCCGUGCCCACCUCGAUGCGCGCCACUCGGCACAGGUCCAGCGUGGUGACUCACUCGACGCUCGCGAGAGAGCAAUCGUUGCCGACGAGGCGCGGGUGCAGAGCGAGCUUGCCGAGGCACGGAAACUGCGUUCAGAGCUCGAUGCACUAGAGGACGAGCUCACCGACCUCGUUCGAUUCCGUGAGGAAGAGGAGGAGCAGCUACGGUCGGACCGCGCUCGGUUCGAAGACGAAAUGGCCACCGCUCAGGCCCGCCUGGACGCUCUCGCACAGGCCGCCGCCGACGACGCCGCCGCCGCCGCCGCCGAAGCAGCGGCCCAAAUUGAGCGCAACGACCUCGAGUCUUCCAACCGCAUCAAGGCUGCGUGGGAAGAGACCGAGGCCGAGCUUGCCGCCGCUCGCGCUGCCGCUGAGGCGCGCGCCCAGGCUGAGGCUGCAGAGUCCGCGGCACGCAUCGAGCGGAAUGAGGCCGAGUCUGCCGAGCGCAUCGCCAAGGCCGACGCCGCCGCCGCCGCAGAGCGCGCUGCAGAGCGUGCUGCACUGGAUGCCGCCGCCGACCGCGCUGUAGAGCGCGAAGCUGCCGCCCGCGCCGAACUCGACAAGGCCCGCGCCGAGCUUGAGACCCGCUUGCGCGAGGUUGCUGGAGCCGCCGCCGCUGCCGACUCCAAGGCCAAGGCCAACUCGGCCGAAAAACAUGCACUGCGCCAACUUUCUCUCAAGCUCAAGCACCAGAUGGCCGAGGUUCGAGCACAGGUCCGCCGUGAGCUUGCCUCGGAGUUUGAAGCCGAGGCUCGUGAGCUGGAUGUCAAGGGCCGCGAACUCACCGCCCAGAUUGAGGCCAAGUCGGCCCAGCUCAAGGCCCAGGGCGAGGCGCUGCGCGAGAGGGGCGCAGCUCUCGAGGCUGAGCGCGACGCCCUGCAGGCUCAGGCCGACCGCCUAGAGGCGUCGAUGAUUGAGUUGGCCUCACGGUCAGAGGCUGUGGCCGCCGCCGAGGCUGCCAACCAGGACGCCGCCGCGUCGUGGGCUGCCGAGCAGCAGCAGAUUACCGCCCGCGCUGAAGCACUCAAUGAGCAAGCGGCGCGGCUCGAGGCUGAACGCGAAGCGUUGGACAACGCCGCAAGCCAGACCCGUGCUCAGCUCGACGCCCGCGAGCUGGCACUCAAUGCCCGCGGAGCUGACCUCGAAGCCCGCAUCAAGUCCGUCGAGGCUCGCGAGAACGACGUUCGCACUUCGCAAGCGCAGCUCGCUGCCGAGACGGCGGCGCUGUCGCAGCGGACCGAUGCUUUCGCCGCCGCGUGCGAGGAGCGGAUGCAGCUCGACGAGGAGGCACGCGCUGCAGCUCGCGAAAAGAUGGAGGCCGAGCUCAUGGCCGAGGUUCACGCCGCGCACGACCGUGCUGCGUCGCGCUCGCGCGACCUUGACGCUCGCGCUGCCGAGCUGGAUCGGCGCGCAGCAGAGCUCGAGGCCGAGACCGAUGAUGUCCGUGCACGCGGACAACAGCUCGACUCCAUGACCGCCCGCCUCGAGGCCAAGGAGUCCGAGUGGGCCGCAUCACUCGAGGCAGCGCAAGCUCGUGUCGACAACGAGGCCCAUCGCGUCAACCAGCUCGCCGCUCAGCUCGCCGCCGAACACAGCGCCCGCAUGGCUGAGCUCGACGCCAACGCAGCGGACGCCGCGAACACGGCACGGCUAGAGAUGGAGGCCUUUAAGGCCCGGGCCAUGGCUGCAGCAGAGGCCAAGGCCGACGAAAAGCUGGCUGCCGCCCGGGCGGCACUCGAUGCCGAGUACGCGCAGCGGCGCGCCGAGCUGGAGUUGGAUGCGACUGCCCAGCUUGCGCGCGCUGCCGAAGCCCGCUCGCGAAAGGCCGCGGACGAGCUGGCGGCCAAGGCUAGCGAGCUGGCGACCAAACACGACGAGCGACAGGCGAGCCUCGAAGCUCGCUUUGCGGACAAAGAGGCUGCGCUCCGGGCCGAGGUCGACGAGGCCAAGGCCCGUGUCGACGCCGAGGCCAAGGCGGCGCUGGCACAUCUCGAGGCACGGAUGGACAACCAAGCACGCGAGCAGAGCCGCGAGCUGGAAAACUCCCGGGCACGGGCUAUGGCCCAAAUCGAAGACGAGCGCGCUGCGCUUGCUGCGGAGCGGAGGAACUUGGACGAGCUCCGGUCCCAGACCUUGAGUAGGCUCGACAGCCUCCGGGAGUCGACAAACGUCGAAUCCCAGGCACUGCUAGCGAAGGCGCAGCAAAAGGCGGAGCAGCUGGUGGGUGAGGCGCAAGCCCGCGCCGACUCGGCAGCAGAGCGUGCGCUGACUGACGCGCAGGCCCGCGCCGCCGCCCUGGCCGCGGCCGCGGAAGCCGAUCUCAACGACAAGCUCGAGGCCCGCCGGACCGAGGUUGAGGAAGCUACCGACCGGCUUCGCACAGAGGCCGAGGCCUACGCGUCCUCGCUCAAGGCCGAGGCCGAGGCAAAGCUGGCCGUGAUCUCUGAAGAGGAGAGCCAGAGACUACGCGCCCUGGAGCAGACCGAGGCAACGCUGGCGGCCAGAAUUGAGUCUUUCACUCACGAGGUGCAGGCUCGGAUGCAGACCUUUGAGCGGCAGCGUGAGACUCUUGCUACCGACACCGCGGCCGCCGAGGCCAAGGUGGCCCGGCAAGCCGAAGAUGCGGCCGAGGACGCGGCGCGGAUUCGAGCCCGGCUCGAGGCCGAGGCCGCUCGGCUUCAGGAGGAGCGGUCGAACUGGGAGGCGACAAAGCUCGCGGCCCAGCUGCAGGCUGAGGACACCCAACGAGCGGCAAACGCAGCACUGGCGUCUGCCAAGGAGACGGCUGCGCGCGCCGAGGGCCAGAUGCGCGAGGUUGAGUCCCGCGCAGCCCGGUUGGAGGCUGCCGAGGCCCGGCUGAGCGAUGAGCGCCGAGCGCUGAGUACUGCCCGCGGCGAGGUCGAGAUGGACGUGGCCAAGGCACGUGCAGCGCAGGUGGCUCAAGAAGCUGCGCUGACUUCGGCUCGCAAGGACUUGGAUGCUGAGGGCGAGCGGAUGGCGCGGGCGCAUGCCGAGCGGAUGGAGUCGCUGACCCGGCGCGAAGCCGCGUUUGAAGCGCAGGCUUCCGAGCUGAUGGAGUCGCUGCGGGCCAAGGCUGCGGCGCUGGAUGCCCGCGAAGAGGCACUGGCCGUGGCCGAGGCCGACGCUGAUGCCGCGCUGGAUGCCAAGAACCGGCAGCUUGAGGCGCUGCUCCUCAAGCGCUCUGACGAGCUGGACGCCCAGCUGGCGGCAGCCAAGUCGUCGCUCGAGUCACGGCUGGUUGCGGCGCGUGCGGAUGACGCUGCCAUUUUGCAGGAAAAGCUGGCGGUGGCUGAGGACGCCAAGCGUGCUCUGGACGCUGGCUUUGCUGAGCUUGCACGCGAUCGCCAGUCGCUGCAGGAUCGGCUUGCCAAACUACACAAGGCGCGCGAGCUGCUGAGUGCUCGGUCUGAGGCGCUCGAGCGCUCCAAGCUACAGGCCACCGAGGAUGUCAAGCGUGCCGAGCUAGAACUGGAGCACCGGUCGCGGGAUCUGGACGCCCGCGAGGCUGCGCUGGAGGCAGCCGAGUCACGGACCGCGCAGUCGUCGUCGGCCAUCGACGCGGCACGGCGGUCGGCCGAGGCGGACCUGUCACGGGCGCAGGCCGAGAUCAAGGCUCAGAAGGAGGCACUGGAGAGUGCGCAGCAAGAGCUGCGGCGGACUCGCGACGAGGUGGAGACGACACGCCGUGAGGCUGCUGCGCAGCUGGCUGCCGCCCGUGCCCUCGAGGCUUCGCUCGGCUCGCAGCGCGGUGAGGCCGAGUCAAUGUCGGCGCAGCUAGCCGCCCGUGAGGCGCAGAUUGCCGCCCGUGAAGCCGAGCUCUCCGAGCGCGCGUCGGCGCUCAAGCUUGCCCGCGACCGGCUUCGGCAGCGGGCCGCCGAGGUCAACGCCGACCGCGAAGCGGCACACUCUGCCAACAGUACCGAGCGCGAAGCGCUUGCCCGCGAAAAGGCGCUUGUGGCAGGGACCAUGGAGGAGGCGCUUGAGCUCAAGGCGCGGUUGCAGGCCAAGGAGAAUGCGCUUGAAGCGCGCGCGGUGGAGCUGGCCGCUCUCGAGGCGCGGUUUGUCGAGGUUACUCGCCGCGAGGCCGAGCUGGAGGCGGCGGCGAUCAAGGCCGAAGCUGCGCAGUCGUCGUCGGCGCUGACACUCGACGCCGAGGCUGCACGACUGGCCAAGCGUGAGGCCGCGCUGCAGGCACAGCUGGCGGCGCUCAACAAGGCGCAGAGCUCGGUGUUCUCAGCCCACUCACAGCUCGAAGUGACCGAGCACACGCUUGUUAGCACCGAAGCGAGCCUCCGCGAGCGCGAGAACAAGAUCGAGCAGCGCGAGUCAGCCCUGGCCAUCAAGGAGGAGCGGCUUGUGGAGCGUGCAGAGGGCCUUGCGUCGCGGGCGAGGGCAUUGGAGGACGCCGAGCGUACGUUCCAGGCGCGCGAGACGGCCGCCGAGCGCGAGCUGGCGCGGCGGACCGAGGUGGUGGCUGAGCGUGAGGCCGCGGCGAGCCGGGCUGAAGCUAGCCACGCUGCCAAGGAGAAGCAGCUGCGUGAAGAGGCGCGUGCCGCGCACGAAGCUCAAGCUGCGCGUGAUGCUGCCCAGAUGCAGGCUGCGCGCGAGUCGCUGGAUGCUGAGCGUACUGCGGUGUCGCGCGAGCGCGAGGCCCUGGCAGCCGCGCGGGCAAGCGUCGAGGCCGACCGGGCACGGAUUGCCGAGUUUGAGGCCGGCCGCGCUGCCGAGUGGCUCCGCGCCGAGAAGGAGGUUGAAGCGCGUGAGGUUCAGGUCUCGCUGGCGGCUUCCAAGGCCUCGUUGCGCGACGGCGAGGCGUCGGUGGCGUCGUCAGAGACGAUGCGGCUGGAGCAGGCGCUCCUCGCUGCGCGGGCGGAGCUUGACGAGUGCCGGCUCGCGGCUGCGACGCAGGAAACCGCGUACCAGCAACGGAUCACCGAGCUGGAGCGCGAGCUGGCCGAAGCUGAGGCGAGCCUGGACCGGUCGCGCAUCGCUGUGGCGAACCUCGAGGGAGAAGUGGAGGAGCUUCAAGAGCGCAAGCGGGUGCUGGACGAGUUCCAAGCCAAGCUUCUCGCCCAGCAGCGCGACAUGGUGACGGCGGCGCAGCAGGUGCGCGCCGCACAGCUGGCGACGGCAGCCGAGGUCGAGAGUCUGCGUCAGGAGAACGCAAGUCUCCGGUCCAGCAUGGCACCGAGUGUGUCUGUGGCUGACGCUGCGCGGCUCUCCAAGGCUGAGGCCGUUUUGGAGGCGCGUGCAAGCCAGCUAGAGCAGGUCGAAGCAGCGCUGGAGGCGCGAGUGCAGCAAGUCGAGGCUGCGGCGGGCUCCGCCAGUAUGGCGGCGAGCCACGGGCCGUUUGUGGCAGAGCUGUCGGAGACCAUGGCCCGGAUGCAGGAGCGGCUGGAUGAGCUGGCGGCGCAGGCGGCCGUCCCGCAGGAGCCGCACUCGCCGAUCCAGUCGCGGCUGGAGGGCGAGAGCCAGCAGCUAGAGCAGCUGUCGCAGACGGUGCAGCAGAUGCAAGAGCGGCUGGAGCUGAUGUCACCGCGACUGGAUGCGCUGCUGGCAAAGAUGGCGACGCACGAGGCGCAGCAGGACGACUGGUUUGCUCGGCUCGAUGCACAGCUGCACCACCUGCGCGGUUCGGGCGAAGUGCUGCCGAUGUCCGAGUCGCCGUGGCCGGCAGAGCGGUCUGUCACCGACCCCGCCGACGACUCGUCAUCCGAGGUCGGCUCGUCUGAGUUUGCACGCAUCCGCGGUGCCAUCCGCUCGCAGUGGCACGAAGCAUCGGCCACCUCGACCGCUGUCUCGCACGAGCGGCUGUUCGAGACACGGCCCGAAGCGGGGCGCGUCCUCGCCGAGACUCGUCCCAUGGAGGCCGGCGAUCUCGAGUCCGACACAGAGACUGACAAAGCCGAGUCGCUCAGCGACACCAUCGCUCGGCUUACCCUUCGGCGGCAAGAGCUCGCCGCCAUGUUCCCGCUGGCUGACGACGUUGUGGCCAAGCAGGAGAUGGCUGCCGAGAUGGACGCCCUCGACAGCGAGCUCCAAUCACUCCGAAUCGCCGAGCAGCAACAGCAGCAACAGCAACAGCAGGCAAACCAGUGA